CAUAUGGUGUUUUGGAGCUGCUUGGUUACUGUGGAGGAUAAAUAGCUGCUGACCCUAAACAGGAUCUUUUUAUGAAAAAAAAAAAAAAGAGUGGUGUCCCUGUGCCUUAUAAGGCAUGGGCAGGCUUAUCGCAGCGCUGAAGGAGGGGCAGUAGCGGGCUCAUGCUGCUGAGUUUUCUCCGGCAGCGGUCGCAGGCGUCUGAAGAAGUUAAACUGAAAUUGCAAACGCUUCGUCCCGGCACUUAACGGCGAAACUCAGUCAAGAGAGGAGGCGGCAGGUGAAAUUAAAAAAAACCCACCACUUGAGCAUGGGAAAAUCAGCUUCCAAACAAUUUGCUGAAGAAGUCUUGAAAGCACACAAUGACUGCAGGAAGAAACACGGAGUUCCCCCCUUAAAACUCUGCAAGAAGUUAAACAGAGGAGCCCAACAGUAUGCAGAAGAACUGGCUACCACAAGGGUCCUCAAGCACAGCUCUGAGUCUGCUAAUGGAAAAUGUGGCGAAAACCUAGCAUGGGCAUCCUAUGACCAGUCAGGAAAGGAUGUGGCUGACAGAUGGUACAGUGAAAUAAAAAAUUACAGCUUUCAAAACCCAGGGUUUUCUUCUGGGACAGGUCACUUCACAGCAAUGGUUUGGAAGAAUACAAAAAAGAUGGGAGUCGGAAAAGCAUCUGCUAGUGAUGGCUCAACGUUUGUGGUGGCUAGAUAUGAUCCAGCUGGCAAUGUAGUAAAUCCAGGCUAUUAUGAAGAAAAUGUCCUUCCUCCAAGAAAAUAACUUUUUUUUUUAAGGUCAUCUUAUUGCUUAAUGACAAGUGAACCUGGAUUUGGACCUAACAGUGUUUGAAAUGAAGCACUAUUCGAUGAAAUUUCCUGUUUGAUACUGCUGUUCACUUCUCAUUACAGAGGAAGCAAUUACAUGUUGCUUGAGUCAAUGUGCACAUUAAGUCCCUAUUGCUUCUGAGGGGGCCUCAGUUUAUUUGAUGAUGAAGUAUAUGCAUCAUUUCUGAAGGGUAAAAUUUAUGGUGGUUUUUUUUUAAAUAGUUUGCAUGAACUCCAUGUCAGCAUGUGAGUAGGCACAUGUUGGAUGUCUUUAUUUUUUUUAAACAAGCAAAUUUAUAGCCUUCUGUAUACUGAAGAUACCAGCUUGUAAUUAUAUGAUUACUCUCAAUAUUUAUGAAUUAUAUGAAUACUCUCAGUUUUCCAGUAUUUUUUUAAUAACUGUAACUUCUUUCCUCUGUCUUUACCUCCUGCUACUAUGGGACCUUUUCGCUGCAGAUGGAACAUAUGCAGACUUCCUGUAUGAAAGGCAUACGUGUAAAAUGUAGUGGCAUUCAGACCUGUGUGUUUUGAUUAAGAGGAUCUCACAGAACACUAAAAGGUUGCUGAGAAAUUUUAUCCGUCAAGCAAACCAUAAUUAAUGCAUGAACUGAAAUCGACCAAAAUUGUUUAAAUCCCAUUUUAGGUGCUAAUAUAUAAAAUAUGUUUGAGAUGAGUGUACUUCAGAUUCAAAGUCCACCUUACAGUUUACAGUAUGUACCUUGUCUUAUAAUCAAAUUGUUUACUUCUGUUACAGAAAAGUAAGAUUCUACUUUUUGAUAUUUACACCAAAAAAAAAGUUUCUUUGACAGUGCACUUUGGAUUUUAUUUCUCAGUAACUUAUUUUUAUUUCCUAAGGAACAUUUUUCACAGGUGUCGUGCUUUACAGAAUAACAUUCUCAGAUCAUCUCGUCUCCUUUAAUAAUGUCACAGUAGGAGGUAUUCACAUGGUUAUAAUUAAGAGAUGUUUGCUCUUUGUGCAUAUCAUUCAAUAAUAGCGAUAUUUCACAUGCUGGAUUGAUGCUAUGAAAAAAAUGAAGACUUAAUUUCCUUAAAAACAAGCCAAGCAAAAAUGCUGAGGAUACUAUUUUCUCUGAUGAAAUGUGGAUUGGGCCGUUUUGGCCAGGUUCAUACACACCGCUUCAAUUUGUUGUUUGUUUUUUUCUCUUCAAGUGUUUCUUUUGACUUUUGCUAAGAUUCUGUAUGCCAUAAUUUGGUUCAUGAAGAGUGCCAUUACAGAAAUACUUCUUUUUGUUUACACAGUUAUAAUAAACUGCACUGUUAUGGCUUGAUUAUAUGUCACUGUGAUGCUGUUUGUUACAAUUUUUUGUUGUAACCAAGAAUUUAAUACAUACCAUGAACAACUGAAAAAUAAAUAUUUUUGCAUAUGAACUACUCAA